AUGACUUCAAUCGGUACCGGUUACGAUCUUUCGAAUAGUGUUUUCUCCCCCGACGGUAGGAAUUUCCAAGUGGAGUAUGCUGUCAAAGCCGUCGAGAAUGGUACGACCUCAAUUGGUAUCAAGUGUGAAGAUGGUGUAGUAUUUGCCGUAGAAAAGCUAAUUACUUCCAAACUGUUGGUCCCACAGAAAAACGCCAAGAUCCAAGUCAUAGAUCGCCAUAUUGGUUGCGUGUACUCGGGCUUGAUCCCAGAUGGUAGACAUCUGGUCAAUCGGGGCCGUGAAGAAGCGGCCAGCUUCAAGAAGCUGUACAAAACGCCCAUUCCAAUCCCUGCCUUUGCUGAUCGUUUGGGUCAAUACGUGCAAGCGCACACUUUAUACAAUAGUGUCAGACCAUUUGGGGUAAGUACCAUAUUUGGUGGUGUAGAUAAAGAUGGCGCCCACCUUUACAUGUUGGAGCCAAGCGGCUCAUAUUGGGGGUAUAAGGGUGCCGCCACAGGUAAAGGCAGGCAAUCUGCAAAGGCUGAACUGGAGAAGUUAGUCGAUCAACACACCGAGGCCCUUACAGCAAGGGACGCUGUUAAGCAAGCUGCAAGAAUCAUUUAUUUGGCACACGAAGAUAACAAGGAAAAGGACUUUGAAUUGGAAGUAAGUUGGUGUUCGCUAUCGGAAACAAACGGUCUCCACAAGUUUGUCAAGGGUGAUUUGCUGCAAGAAGCGAUUGAUUUCGCUCAAAAGGAGCUUAACGGUGACGACGACGACGACAAUGAUGAUAGCGAUAAUGUCAUGUCUAGUGACGAUGAAAACGCGCCAGCAGCUACGAGCGCAAACGCAAACGCUACAACUGACCAAGAGGGUGACAUUCACCUAGAAUAG